UUCUUCUUAUUUCUCCGUUUUCUGUUUCUCCGGUCAUCAGAGAAAUCUGUUCUCAUCGUUCUCGGUUCACGCUGUCGCCGGUCCGGUAGGUAACUCGGAAGCAGCUGCACAGACGGCAAAUGGAGGAAGAAAGGCAUCAUAGUCUCCAAUUCUCCUUGACUUCCCCCCACGCACCUCCUCCCUCUUCUUCUUCCUCCCUCUUGAGGGAUAUCUCUAACUUCAAAGCGCAGUGUACGCCCAGAAACCGCCCCGUAUCUCUCCCUUCUUCCCCGUACUCCAUAUUUUUUACCGCCUCCAAGCAGACACCAGCUACUGCCACCGGUCCCUCGUCCACCCGCCGGUGCCCUCCGUCCUCGCUUUCUCGCAAGAAGGCCGCCCGCCGCCUCCGGGCCUUCGAAGUCGAGCAAUCGUUUUCCUCGCACAAGGUGCAGAUAAAAAAGGAGAAGUCCCUGAACUCGCUUGAGCGUUCCCUCGCAAUCUGGUUGAAUUUCCUCUUCCGAGACCCUGGGUCUUGUGGGUGCGACACCGAGGUCUUUAAUGGAAGGGUUGCUGAUUGUCCAGAUCAGGCAAUGUUGGGGGGGAAUGGUAAGCGAGAUAGCUUGCCGGGCGAGAAAUUCGAGAUUGGUGGCGGUUGGAGAAAUCCCAAGCGGCUAAAGAAUAGGCCGGCAGGAUCUGGUUCUGGCGCUGCUUCAAGAGAAGCUGAAUGGACGGCUGCGGCAGUGCUUAGGGUCUCGCUGAAGGACGUGUGUAGCUUAGAGGAUUUGAAGGACAGGUUGAGCUUGUACAUAUCUGCUGAGGGUCGCAAGGAUGUGCUGCUUAUGAUGUCUCACGUUUCUAAGACUAUAGACGAGGGUAGAUUGAAAAUGAAGGCCCAUUGUCCUGUGGUAUCAGAUGUGGCGAUGAGGGAAAAAUCCAUUAAGGUGCUAAUGUGUUAUAAUCCGACGUGGCUACGCAUUGGUCUCCAUAUCGUCUUCGGUGGAGAUUCCAUCUUACCUGCUGAUCUGACGACUGAAAAAAAUGCAGAUGAUUUUGAAGAGGAAUUGUUUGUAAGGAUGAUUGUCGAAAAACAAUUCUUUUCUCAUGCAGGUCUCGCAAAGUCGUAUGCUUACAACAAGUCGGUUGAGGGAAAUUACAGACCUGGUUAUUAUGAAGCACUUGGGAGUGUAAUAUUGAAGAGAUUUUUGCUUUUUGUUCUUUGCCUCGACAAGGCAAAAUGCGAAAGCUCCCUUCCUUUGAGAUACGGAAUUGAUGGACUUGAUGGAGGUUCGCCAUUGUUGUUUCGAAAAGGAUCUUCAAUUAAAUCUAGCAGACAAGUUAUUCUUGAUUUUCUGAUGGAACUAAUGCACGGAGAAGGCGACUUGAUUUCGCGCCUUGCAACUCUUGGCUACAAAGUUUCCUACCAACAGCCUCCGCUGGCCGAGUAUGAUUUUGUUGUGGCUAAUUUAGUCAAUGAUCUUGGUGAUGGUCUGCGACUCUGUAGAGUUGUUCAACUUUUGCAACAUGAUGCCUCUAUCCUUGCGAAAAUCAUGGUUCCUUCUGAGAAUAGGAAGAAGAAGCUGCAGAAUUGUAAUGUGGCUAUGCAGUAUCUUAAGCAGGCGGGGGUUCCAUUUCUUGAUGAUGAUGGUGACCUUGUUACUGCUGAAGAUAUUGUUGGUGGGGAUAAAGUACUGGUUCUAGCACUAUUGUGGAACAUUUUUAUCCAUCUACAGCUGCCUUUGUUAGUCCCCAAAGAUGGUUUGCUUGAAGAGCUGUCUAAACUAAAUAAAUCACGUAUGGUGAUCUCAGAUGGUAAGAUUAUGCCACACCUAGAUAUGGUUCUGGCAUGGAUUCAGGUAAUCUGUGAGGGCUAUGACUUGAAGGUGUAUAAUUAUGCUUCUCUGGUUGAUGGAAAAGCAUUAGUUUGUAUGAUCGAUUACUACUUCACAGCUAUGCAUCACAGAAAUUCUACGGACGUCCAGGAGGGUAACACUUCACUUGUUCCAUAUUGUGAUGAUGCCCUGCAAAAUUUUGACUAUGUCCAAAGAGUGAACGCAACGAUAGGCAAAUUUCCUGAGGUUCUGGAACACACUGAUAUUUUGGACCAAGACCUUUCUUGUAAUGAGCGGAGUGUGGUUGUUCUAGCAAUACUUGUGUCGUGCCUACUGAUUGGCAGGAAAAAAAUGGAUCAAGUGAAUCUUCAACGAGCUUUAGGAGGGAGUCCUUUUGCUUCAAAACUUAAACCUCCAGGAGCAAUGUCUAACAAUAAGGAUAUGUCCGUUGCUUGUUCAAGUGAUGAUAUGCAUAUCAAAGUUUGGAAAAACUCGAAAAGCAGGGGCGGACAAGACACACGGACCUCUGAAGAGGGAGCUAGACAAGUCAUCAGGACAUAUUUAAGGUGCUUCGCGGAACGGCGGGAGUUUUUGAAGGUUAGGGCGGCAACAGUUCUUCUGCAGGCAGCCGUUCGUGCUUGGCUGGUUAGCAAAAGAUUUAGCUAUACAUCUGAACUUGGAUCCUUCGUACUAGAACAAACACCUGGAAAGAGGAGCUCCCCAAUGUUUGAGAGGUAUUUCAGAUAUAUAAUUGAGAGAAGGAGCUUCUUAAGAAAGAAAAGAGCAGUGUCAGUUAUACAGAGGUCUGUGCGGCUGUGGAUUACCAGCAGAUGCAAUCUGAAAUGCAUACCGUCUGCCGAAUCUGAUUACCCUCAAAAGUUCGUCUUCGCUGUGACUAUCAUCCAAGCUUGCAUCCGUGGAAGGGCUGAGAGACGUCGAUGUGCUGAUAUUGCUGGUCAACAGCAGAACCAUUUGUCAGUUAUCGCUGGGAUGGAGUUUUCAAAAGAUCCAGUAGAUGCAGCGGUUAAGAUUCAGCUGGCUUGGAGAAGAUGGAAGAAAAGCAAUUUCAUGUCCGUGCAGCAUACUGCAGCUACCAGAAUCCAAAGUUCUUGGCGUGGUUGGUUAACCAGAAAGAACUUUCAGCACCAGCAAGUUGCCGCCGUCAAAAUUCAGAGUCGGGUUAGGACAUUCUUAUGUCAGCAAUACUUCAAUAGUUACAAUGUUGCUGCAGUUGCAAUCCAGAGACAUAUCAGGAGAGCCAUAUCCGAGGGAGAAGUGUUCGAUGGUGGCUGUCGGGGAAAUGAAGAAUUUAAACUUCCACAAAAUCAGCUCAGAAGCGUCGUUACAAUACAAAGAUGGUGGCGAAAACGUUUGGCCCCCAGUUUACCAGAACAAUUGGCUAUUACAAUUCAAGCCCAUAUUCGUGCGUGGAUUGCUCGUCGGAAUGUGACGAAAACGAAGUCCUGCGCCAUUGUCAUCCAAAGACGGUGGAAGAAUAUUUUAUUAUGGAAACAAAGAGAAAGGUCGGCAAUUCUGAUUCAGUCAUAUAUUCGUAGGUGGAUUGCGAGGCGACUUGUGGAAAAGGCCAAGCUUUGUAUUAUUACCAUCCAAUCUUAUUGGAGGGGUCACUUGGCAAGAAGGAAACUACACCUAGAAUCAAGAGACCAAUUGUUGGAUCUGCGGGUUCGCAUGCAAAAAUCUGCAGCCAAUAUAGAUGACGGGAUGCGCCUCAUGAAUCGCCUUAUUGAUGCACAUCAUACGCUUGCUGCAUUACUGAACUCGAGAAAGGUUACUGGCAUUCUUCAUACCUGUGAAACUUUAGAUAUGGCAACUCAUCUUUCUCAAAAAUGCUGCGAGACACUGGCUGAAACAGGCGCAGUUGAGACUUUGUUACUAGUCUUCCAGAUUGGCAAUCGCAGUGUUCCGUAUGUGGAGGUGUUGACGCGUGCCUUGUCUACUCUUAGGAACCUUGCUCGCUACCCACAUAUCGUACAAGUGCUGAUCAGAACGAAUGGGCUCCUAAAGAUAGUUUUAGAGGAGCUGUUAUGGCACAAGGAGGAAGGAUACUUCAUCGCAGCUGAGCUACUACAGAAGAUAUGUGCAUUCAAGGAAGGCGUAGAGGCCAUUCGGAGUAAGCAUUUUUUUGUCAAAAGGCUUCAUAAUCUUGCGGAAGAUCUUCGAAGGAAAGCAAUAGUGGAAAAGAAGCAAAAUGGAUAUCGGCGCAGCACGAAGUAUAGCGCAGAGAGACGACUCAGCCCAGCCAAGGAAAUCUUGUCUUGCAUCCUGAACAAUUGAAGUCGAAAGUUUCCAGCUUUCGGAGAUCGGCUUGUUCCCUUGCCUUGUGUAAAGUGCAUUUUCAUCUCUGUGUUGAAUGCUUUUGGACAAUACGAUUUGGCAGUUGAUAGGAUCUGGCUGCUUGCCUCUUUACCUUGUCUGCCAUUGGAGGGAAAUUAUUACCUGGUAAAAGAAAAAGAACAUUCUUGGUUUUGCACUA